AUGGCACCUUCUCCUGCUGCUCGCAGGUUGGGCACCUGCUUCCCUCAACUGGGCAGAGAAGAGCCCACAGAUGCCACGGGUGGUAUCGGGGGCCAAGGGAGCUGGCCCAGCCAGGCUGGGGGCCACCAAAUCCACCUCCCGAGGGGCCCCUCUCAGUGGCUGAGAGCGCCACACCCACAGGCCCUGCUUGUCAUGGCCAAGGAGCUGCAGAUGUCGGACCGAGAGCGUGCUGGCUUCAGGUUCCGGUUCGGGAGGCAGGAUGAUGAUGGCAGCGAGGCCACUGGCUUCCUCCCAGCUGAUGGCAAGGCUGGCAGCCCGCUGGGGACCCUGGCUGAGGAGCUUAAUGGCUACAGCAGGAAGAAAGGUGGCUUCAGCUUCCGCUUCGGCCGGCGGUGAAGAGGCCAGGGCGCCUUGAAAAGCUUCUCUCCUCGAUCCCACCCCCCACCAUUUCCCUCCCUUCUUCUCAAGCCUCAGAGACCAGGCCACUGAGACAGCAUGGGUGUUAUAAUGAAUUAUUAGCAGUAGGACUGG